AUGUCGACCACGGCACUGGUCCAACGCGCCGCCCAUACCUUGACACCGGCUUCCAAUCGCAAUGGCUCCACCAAUCUCAACACCGCCUCAGCACUAACGACAGCAACCUCGAUACUACCGAAGCUGAGUUUGACACCCUCGAAGUCGGCUGGUACCGUGUCAUCACCACAAAAGCCCGCGACGCCAUCACAGCAACCAUCACCUGCUAUAUCCACGCCAGGACAAUGGCAGCACCCACGUAUGCAAGAGGUUAUACGGCGGCAGAACGCGAAUCGCUUCGACGCCAGUAACAUGCGCGUUAUUGGACUCAACGUUGGCUUCAUGGUGGCUAGCAUAUUCAUACCCCAUCUUGCCUGGAACAUACUCCCACACCCAUGGAUCCUCGCAGCCGAGCCCUACUCCUCUUACUUCCUCUACCUUCUCCGAGCCUUCUUCACACUCAACGUCGUCCUCGCCUUUGCGCCAUUAUUCCGCCCGAAAGACAACUGCGACGAUGUGCCUCUCAACCCUUCUCAACGACAGCUCAUGGGUCUGCCACCUAUGUCACGGCCAGCGACUCCACAGGAAGAGGCGCAGUAUGUGACACCUCCGCGAUAUUCACGCAGUGCAACACCACAAAGUAAUAACAGUCUUCGCGCCCAAGCCAGCGGAUCACCGCUAAGUGGAAGAGGAAUGGGCACGCCGAUGGAUGGCAGUCAGCUGCGAAGAAGUUUUAGUGGUUCACCUCGGCCAUCGCCGCUAGGUACGCCAACAGGACAAAACAGCCGGUCGAGCUUUGGACGCAAUUCUCCGCUGAGCACGCCUGAAUUUGAUGCGGCUGGUAGUAUCAGUACGCCGACGAAGAGCAACAAGGCCAGUGUGAGCUUGAACAGCAAGUGGCUGUACGAGAAGGGGAGAGCAAGUCCGAGGAGCAGCUUCAGUGGGCUUGGUGGAUUUGGUGGAGGUGGCAGUGUAUUCAAUUGA